AUGAAGCAAAAUAUUGGACGGGGCGAAUUUUCUCAGUUCCCCAAUUUGUCACAGACAAGCUGUCAGGAAGACGACGUUUCCACUUACGUUCAACAUUUAAAUGCCCUCUAUUCAGAUUUUGAAUCUAGGUUUGAGGAUAUUUUGACUAUGGUAAUACCACCGUGGAUAAUUAAUCCAGAUGGUGACAUAAAAGAAACGAAUGUCAUAAUACAAGAGGAACUGACUGAACUAAGUACAAACGAAGAACUUAAGGUUCAGUUUAAAAACGGAUAUCAGCAAUUCUGGCUGCAAAACAACAUACCCGUUACUUAUCCCGUAUUAUGGACUAUAGCGAGGAAAUUUUUAAUUUCCUUUCCAUCGUCAUACCUAGUGGAAAGGGGGUUCAGCGCUGUUACCAAUCUCCUAACGAAAAAAAGAAACAGACUGGACAUAUUAGCCGAGGAGAUUUAA